AUGGGGAACGAGUCGCCCACUCCGCGACAGCUUUUCACAGAAGCUAUCAUCUUUUGGUCCGUCGGUCUUGUUAUUUAUGUUGGCAGAAUUGCAGCUCGAAUCAUUGCCAAUGGAUCAAUUAAACGUCUGUUUGUGGACGACUAUGUUAUGACAGCAACCUUUGCGAUCUAUACCACUCUUCUCGUGCUCAUCCAGAUAUCGGCGCGCUAUGCAACAAACCUCAUGGACCCGAAGGACUACAGUGAGGUGCUGGCAGACCCGAAGCAGGUCAGCGAUAGGGUAUAUGGAAGUAAAAUAGUCAUUGGGUUGGAGCAAUGCAUGUUGAUCUCCACUUGGGGAGUGAAGACAUGCAUGCUAAUGCUCUACUGGCGGAUCACUCAAAACUUGCGAUCGAACCUCUACAUCAAGAUUCUCGCGGUCUAUACAGUAGUGGGAUUUGUGGUUAUCAUGGUCACCUACUAUGCGGUAUACUGUCGACCAUUUUCUCAAUACUGGGCUAUGCCUGUGGAAAACAUGCAGUGCGCAACAUAUCAACACUACUCAAUUACGCAAGCCGUCUUCAACAUCUCUUCAGACGCAGUGAUGUUCGCCAUUCCAAUCCCCCUUCUCAUCCGUGCACAGCUCAAGCGGCGCAGAAAGGUCGUGUUGAUCGGCGUCAUGAGUCUGGGUUUGUUCACUAUCAUUGCCGCCAUCUUGAACAAAUACUUCAACUUCGCUUCUCCUCUGACAACAACCUAUCAAAUUUGGUACAUCCGUGAAGCAAGUACCGCGAUCUAUGUGGCCAAUCUGAUGUGCUGGUGGCCGCUUCUGCGAAAGCUCUUCGGCCUCAAAGCUUUCCAGUACAACAGCAACCGAGGUCAGCGGCCCAGAAACCAAAACAAUAAAAACAAAGAUAGCAACGGCUAUGACACAUCCAAUGGCUCGCAAUCCCGCCCGUCAUUCACUUUCCCACGUUCGUGGCGACCGCCUUGUCGCCGAGGUAUCAAGAACGCACCACCACUUCCACAAAGCGGUGGUCAGCGCUCCAGUACUGAUCCAAUUAACCGAUCCAAUACAUCCAAUACCGACUUCAUUGAUGAUCCACACCGCAUUGAAGCUGUGCCUUUGGAGGACUGGAACAACAAUGAUCAGAUUUCCAUGACCCAGGCUUUGGACAAGCCGCCCUCGAAGCGAGAUGACUUCACUGAUGAUUAUAUGCAUUCUGAGAGCGAGUACGAGCCUCAGUCUGAUUCAAAACGACAUGCACAGUCACCCUGUUGA